UCGUUUCAAAACCACAACCUUGAACUGUUUCUGGUUGCCUGCUUCCCUCCAAUUUCUCUUCUUCCUCAAACCCCCGCCUUGUUAGCCUACGCCCUCCACCCCCCUGGCUCACGGUAGCAGAUGCUCGUCGCUUCGAUUCCUCUUUACCCUUUUCAUGGCUUCUCUAUCUUCACCAUCAACUAAACUAACCUCCGUACAACCGGGUCGGAUCCAUGUCCUGAAGGAAGGAUCUCAGCCACUGAAAAAAGGUCCCGUGGUGUACUGGAUGUUUAGAGAUCAACGGUUAAAAGACAACUGGGCUUUGAUCCACGCCGUUGAUCAAGCCAACAAAGCGAAUGUGCCUGUGGCUGUAGCUUUCAAUCUCUUUGAUCAAUUCUUGGGGGCUAAAGCAAGGCAACUAGGGUUCAUGCUAAAGGGUUUACGUCAAUUACAAACAAGCAUUGAGGAUGCUCUUCAGAUUCCAUUCUUCUUGUUUCAAGGAGAAGCUGAAGAAACAAUAUCAAAAUUUCUUGGAGAAUGUGGAGCUUCACUUUUAGUUACAGAUUUCUCGCCGUUAAGGCAGAUUCGAAAUUGUAAAGAUGAAAUUUGUAAGAGAGUGAGUGAUUCAGUGACCAUACACGAGGUUGAUGCCCACAAUAUAGUUCCUAUUUGGGUUGCGUCGGAUAAGUUGGAGUAUAGUGCUAAGACGAUAAGGGGUAAGAUAAAUAAACUGCUUCCUGAGUACUUAAUUGACUUUCCAACUUUGCAACCACCAAACAAGAAAUGGGAUGCCUUGAAUCAGUUGAUUGAUUGGGACAGUCACAUUGCCGAUGUUUUGAGGAAUGGGGCAGAAGUACCUGAAAUUGAAUGGUGCGAACCAGGAGAAACUGCGGCAAUGGAAGCACUGAUGGGAAACAAAGAUGGAUUCUUGACAAAAAGGUUGAAGAAUUAUUCUACAGAUCGGAAUAUUCCUUUAAAACCAAGAGCUCUUUCUUGUUUGUCUCCAUAUCUGCAUUUUGGGCAGAUAUCCGCACAGAGAUGUGCCUUAGAGGCACGUAGUUUCCGGAAACUUUAUGCUCAGGCAGUUGAUACCUUUUUAGAGGAGUUGAUCGUGCGUAGAGAACUUGCUGAUAACUUUUGCUAUUAUCAGCCCAAUUAUGAUUCAUUACAGGGGGCGUGGGAAUGGGCACGUAAGACCUUGAUGGACCAUGCCUCUGAUAAGCGAGAACAUACUUACACGAUGGAGCAAUUGGAGAAGGCACAAACAGCUGAUCCUCUUUGGAAUGCUUCACAGCUCGAGAUGGUUCACUAUGGGAAGAUGCAUGGUUUUAUGCGCAUGUACUGGGCUAAAAAGAUUCUUGAGUGGACAAAGGUACCUAAAGAGGCACUUGAAAUUUGCAUAUAUCUAAAUGACAAGUAUGAAAUAGACGGGAGGGAUCCAAAUGGUUACGUUGGUUGCAUGUGGUCAAUUUGCGGCGUGCAUGACCAGGGAUGGCGAGAAAGACCUAUUUUUGGGAAAAUACGGUAUAUGAACUAUGCUGGAUGCAAAAGGAAAUUCGAUGUUGAUGGCUACAUUUCUUACAUCAAGAGGCUAGUGGGUGAAAUUAAGAAGAGAAAAGCAGAAAGCCAGCUCGGUCAAAAGACAAAGCAGAUCCGCAGUUAAAAACUUAACAUCUUGCUCUCUUGUACCAAAGUGUGAAAUUAGAUGUUCUAAGAGUUAACAUCUUGCUCUUGCUCUCUUGAACCGAAUGUAAAAUGAGGUACUUGGGGUAACCCACGGGGUGACAUGCUUGGCAUUGCUAUUCCCCGGAGAACUAUAAGUUCCUUAUAAACAAAUUGUUAUUCUCAAGUUAUCAUGGUUGUACCAAAGAUUCGUAUAAAGGUUAACAUUGCUGCAUCAGAUAUCUUGUUCAUCGAAUGUAGCUUUCAAAAAAAAAUGUCAUAAGCAGAAUAGUGUUAGGGUUCACUAUGUUUAAUUUCUAAAUUCAGUGAGUUAUUUACUAUCAAGAACAAUAAUAUUAUACACAUCAAUUACAAUACAGAAGCAGAAAGAAGAGCCAGGUAAAAAUGUGACACUAAUCAAGAGGCAGAUUUUUCCAUUGAAUGUUAAAAAAUGG